UGUCCCGUCUACUCGCCGGGCGCAGCACCACGCAGCUGGUAGGUUGAUGGGGUGAAGCUACGUACCCGCUGUCCAAAUAAUGUUGGGAAUUUGGGUACGGUACCAGACUACAAUGGAGUCGCUAGAGAUACGACCCGUUUAUUUCCCAAAAAAAAAAGUGGUUUGGAGAACCACCUGUAGGAUAUGUCACAGCUUACAAAGACGCUGUGUGGUGGUUUCGUAAGGUGGGCUGGUGGCCACAACUGCAAUCACUAAUUGUUCCUUCAGUCGCUGGACCCUUCUCUGGAGAUGCAAUAAUCUCAUACAAAUCCAUCACUCAUCCAUACCUCACCUCGAGAUUCAUCCUUUGUGAUUUACACAUAUUUAUACCUCAAUCAGCUUCCUCGACUCGAUGAGGACCUUUUCAUCAUCCGCCGUCCUCUCCAUUGUCGUAGGAAUCUGCUCAAUCCUCAUCCUCAUCUUCAGACAAGAAAUUACCGCUUUCACAGCCGAUUUCAGCUCACACCUUUUCAACACAUCAUCGCCAUCUGGCCCUGAAAUAAGCACCAACCCCAGAGAAAACACCACCAUGUCCGCCCCGCGCGCAAUCCGCCAAGCCUUCCUCGCCCUCCAGCAAUCCGAAGGCGCGGGUGCCCUCGUCCGCCGCUCCAUCGGCACAUCCAACCUGAGAAACUUCUCCCCCUUUCUCAUGCUCGACCAUUUCUCCGUCUCCCCCGGCGCCGGGUUUCCCGAUCAUCCCCACCGCGGCCAGGAGACAAUAACCUACCUCCUGCGGGGCGCCAUCGCACACGAGGAUUUUGCCGGCAACCGCGGCCUGCUUUUACCCGGCGAUCUGCAAUUCAUGACCGCCGGCCGGGGGAUUGUGCACGCCGAGAUGCCGAUUCAUGAUUCGGACCCCGCUCGCGGGGGGGAUCCGGAGGUUGUUGAAGGGUUGCAGCUGUGGGUUGAUCUGCCGAAGCAGCUGAAACUCUGCGAACCGCGCUACCGGGAUCUGCGCGCGAAUGAAAUCCCUGAGGCAACUGCUGAUGAGGGACGGGUGAGGGUUAAGGUUAUCAGUGGACAGAGUCAGGGGGUUGAGUCGGUCAAGGACUUGGCGUAUACCCCUGUUUGGUUGUUGGAUGUGGAGGUUAAGCCGGGUGGCAGGAUCGAGCAGCCUGUGCCGAAGGGGUGGAAUGCGUUUGUGUAUAUUCUGGAGGGGGAGGUGGUUUUUGGGAAGGAGGGUGCUGGUGAAGGGGAGAGGAUGGUCAAGGAGUUUCAUAAUGUGGUUUUUGGGAGUGAGGGGGAUGUGGUGUAUGCCCGGGUGGAUGAGAAGGCGGAAAAGGGGGCAAGGUUUGUGCUAGUGGCCGGCACGCCGCUUGAUCAGAAGGUGGUGCAGUACGGCCCGUUCGUGCUGACGUCCCAGGAGGAGGUGUACCAGGCAUUUAUGGACUACCAGAGCCAUUCAAAUGGGUUUGAGAGGGCCAAGGGGUGGGAGAGCGAGAUUGGGAAGCAGAUGGCGCAUUAGUUGGGUGGCCGGGUUGCGUGUACCGUACUGUACUGUACAAAAUUGAUGAUACCAUGCCUGUGUGACAGUUGAGUUGUUUAGUUGCCUGGAUGUAUAUACGCCUUUCUGGGUCCGCGCCUGUACGGUUAUCGUGGGAAGCUUGACCUCCUUUCGAUUGACUGUGAAAAGGCUACCUACAUCGCGAUGCUCAUCUCUCUCCCGCCAGAGAUCGGUCAGAAAAGG